CCGGGACGGAGCCACGGACGCCUGGCCUCGGCUGCUCGCCCCGACCAGAGAAAAGCGCCAAGGCAAACAUUUCUACCCCAGGAGGGAAUUCUCGCAUUUUUCUGCACUGCAGUGACUUCCUGUCCUUCUCCAGUCUCUGUUCAAGUCGUUUCGCAGCAAAGGGAGGAGUUGCUAUUUCCACAUGGGCAUCCAAAAAUGAGUCACAGGGCUGCUCUCUUCGUUGUGAGACUUUGCUAAUCGACCUUCGAAAAUUAAGCCUUGCCACUGAGCUCGGUUACACAGCGAGGAACAAGAAAGGAUGCUGCCCAGGGGGCCCUAGUGACUCCGGGAGGCCGGGAGAGCACAGCAAACCCCACUGUCACAGGGUGGGGCCAACCAACAUGAAGGACCGGCUUGCAGAACUCCUGGAGCUGUCCAGGAGCUAUGACCAGCAGUUCCCAGAUGAGAGCGAUGACUUCGACACGCCCCACGAGGACAUUGUGUUCGAGACCGACCACCUUCUGGAGUCCCUGUACCGGGACAUCCAGGACAUCCAGGAGGACAACCAGCUGCUGGCGGCCGAUGUGCGGCGGCUGGGCAAGCAGAACGUGCGCUUCCUCACGUCCAUGCGGCGCCUCAGCAGCAUCAAGCGCGACACCAACUCCAUCGCCAAGGCCAUCAAGGCGCGCGGCGAGGGCAUCCACCGCAAGCUGCGCGCCAUGAAGGAGCUGAGCGAGGCGGCCGAGGCCCAGCACGGCGCGCACUCGGCGGUGGCGCGCAUCACGCACGCGCAGUACAGCGCGCUCACGCGCACCUUCCAGCAGGCCAUGCACGAGUACAACCAGGCCGAGAUGAAGCAGCGCGACAACUGCAAGAUCCGCAUCCAGCGCCAGCUGGAGAUCAUGGGCAAGGACGUCUCGGGCGAGCAGAUCGAGGACAUGUUCGAGCAGGGCAAGUGGGACGUGUUCUCCGAGAACCUGCUGGCCGACGUGAAGGGCGCGCGCGCGGCGCUCAGCGAGAUCGAGAGCCGGCACCGCGAGCUGCUGCGCCUGGAGAGCCGCAUCCGCGACGUGCACGAGCUCUUCCUGCAGAUGGCCGUGCUGGUGGAGCAGCAGGCCGACGCGCUGGACGUCAUCGAGUUCAACGUGCAGCAGACGCUGGAGUACACCGGCGAGGCCAAGGCGCAGGUGCGCAAGGCCGUGCAGUACAAGAGGAAGAACCCGUGCCGGACCAUCUGCUGCUUCUGCUGCCCCUGCCUCAACUAGGGGCGGCCGGGGGCGGCGGCCACGAGAGCCUGAGAGCUCCUGAGAGCUCCUGGCCGGCCCGAUCCGCAGGGAAACUGGCCCGAGGGAGACUGCGCGCUUUGUUUCCAACUGAUCAUCGGAUAGGCGCGGUGCCCUAGAGACAAACUCCGGUUUUUUUCUCAUCUCCUCUACUUAUUAAAAUCACCUCGAACAAAAUGUUUCUCUUACCUCCUUGACUUUUAAUAUCUUCCACUUGAAUAUACUUGGGGAUUAUUUUCUAAUUACAUUUCUAUAUAUUUUUUAGCACCUAAUAUAUAAAAAGUACUCAAGUGGAGGGAUUGGUCACACUUUAUGUAUUUUUCACAUCAAUUAUUUAAAAUUUAGCUUUUUACUCGAUUGCACUUGCACGUAUAUAUGUAAUUGUAAAUACUAAUAGUCACUAACGUGUUUACAUAAUAUCCAUUUGGAUUUGCUUUAAUUUUGUAAAUGCGCUAUAUAAAUAUC